UUAGCAGGUACACACAAGUAAUGUUAUCUGAGGGUUGAAGGCAGAACAUCAGAAGAUGAGUUCCCUAACGGUGUUUGGUUUGCUGUGUCUGACAGUAUCAACACAACCAGAUAUCCGGUGGGCUCAAGCAGCUCACGAGUUACGUCCUGUUUGGUUUGCGUCUAACCCUGCCAUGUCCCUAGGUCUGAAUUUACCUCCCUCUGGUAGACGAAUCUACAAGACUCCAGAAUUAACUCCAAGAGUCACCUACACCAUUACUCUAAAAACCUCCGAAUAUUUCGAUGCAGGAACGGACGCUAAAGUUUACAUUAAGUUGAAAGGCUUAAAAGGCACGACAGGCUGCAUUUACCUCAUUGAUGAGCACAAGACUGCUUUUAAACCUGGUAAAGUGGACAUGUUCACGGCAAAGGCCAAGGAUGUUGGAAUGCCCAGCUCAAUAGAGAUUGGACACGACAACACCGGCCCAAAUCCGGCCUGGGGACUGGACUAUGUCGAGGUGCUACAAGUGAUCGCCCCAAAUGAGUACAGCAGCGAUACGAUCCAUGUAAACAGCCGAUUUGACUAUUACGAGUGGGUCGAUGCAGCUCUGGUUGACAAGCCACCUGUCAGAGAGAUACCUGUAACAACGAUAGACAUAACCCUAUCCUAGACCCUGAGUCAAGAGUAUGGUUAUUGCAUAGACGUCGAGAGUGUGGUUAAUGCAUGGACCUAACCCAAACACGUCUAGACAUACAUAAUGUACAGAAAUACAACUAAAAAUUGUGAUUCAGAUGGAGAUGUCUAUACCAUAAAUGGUAGUUUAGAAUGUUUUAAGUAUGGAUUAUAAUAAAAUGUUAGAAAUAAAUAAAAUUAUUA